AUGCAUGAAAUAUUGGUAUCCAGACAAAGAGAUGAUAUAAGAGAAAGUAAUAAACAAUUAUUGAAGGAAUGGAAUACACAGCUUAAAGAGGAGCUUAAAACAAUAAGAGGGGAAUUAAAGCAACUAAGAGAUCAACUACAGGAGCAAAAUCAAGAAAUUAGAGAUAACUAUGAAGAAUGGAAACGAGCUAAGGAAGAAAUGGGAAAGAGAGUGGGCGAAGUAGAAAGUCAACUAGAUCGAAUGGAGAGAGAAAAGGGAAGAAACAAAAUAGUGACGAUGGGAUUGGAAAUAGGAACAGGAGAGCAGAAGCACAUAAUUGAAAAGGUGACAAAAUUUUUAGAAGAGAAAGCCAAAGUGGAGAGUAAAGUUAAAAGCGCGUACAAAAUUGCAGAGAAAGUGGAAUUCGAAAAUAGAGUAGAAAAAAUAUUUGUAAUGAAAAGCAAGAAGAACUUAAAAGGGUCGUCAAUUUACAUAAAUGUAAGGAAAAAUGGUAGAGCCAAAGAAAAGGAAGAAAAGGAGGAAAAAUGGAAGGAAACAAGGCAAAGGAAUAAAGGAUGCAGAUGGGAGAAGCGGAAAAAGGGAAGGAUUGUCAACGAAGAGGCGUGGGAAGAAAAAAGAGUUUCGAAGCGGGGGAAAGCGUAG